AUGGUCAAAGCCAUCGACGGAAAGGUCCGCCCUCUGGCGCCUUUCGACAAGACGCUCGAAAAGUCGACGCUCAAGGGCGCCUCGAGGAUCUACGUCAACCGGGACUCCCUGAUCCAGCUUACGGGGAGCGUCGACAAUGGACGGCGCUGUAUUGUCACGAGAAUCGCCGCUCAGGACGCGGCCAAGUCUGCAGCGACGGAGCCGUUGCGUCGGGAGGCCGCUCUCUGGACACUCGCUGACAAGAACAUCAGCCCCAACAUCAUACUCAUGAGCGAGGCGUACCGCGAGGCCUGCGGGUUCGAACUGGGUGACCAGAUCACGAUCACGAUGACGGAAAGUUCUGUGGUUCCUGACGCCGAGUCAGUGAGCAUCCUGCCUGUGACGACGUCUGAGAGGGAAAAGGCCGAGAUCAGCGCGUGGGAGGGGGCGUGGGUGGGAGUGAUUCGGUUCUAUCUUGGACGAGCUGAGCAGGUCUUUCCGGGCAUGAAAUUCGAGUGUGUGGCGCCUGGCUCAAAACAGAUCUUCAGGAUUACAUCCGUAGAUGGCCAGACACAUAACGUAGCCCGUUAUGUUGUCUCAACAAUACCCAGUAUCGUCUCCGGUGAGGAAGAGGAGCCUGUCGAGGAAGUGCGUGACGUGACGAAACUCAUCGUCCCGAAUAUCCCUGGUUUACAUGCAGAAGAGAAGAAAUUGCGGAGCUUUCUCCGCGGCUUCAACACCAAGUUCGUCUACAAGGGCCAGCAAAAAUCGUGCGGAAUCGUCAUCCACGGUGGACGUGGUACCGGCAAGUCGUACAUCCUGAACCGUAUAGCAGGUACGGGCUGGGGUCGGGUCUUCCGCAUCGAAGAGAACGACAAGUCGUCCACUGUUGAGGAGGUCUUCAAGCAAGCACGGGCGAUGAAGCCCAGUAUUAUUGUUAUUGACGGCCUCCAGGCCCUGAUUGGAAAGGACAGGGCAAACUCCACCGCCAUCACCCAGCGGUUGGGCCAGCAGCUUGACCAGCUGGCCGAGGAUGCUCUCAAGAACGGCACACUACCAAAGGUCGUGGUCAUCGCCACCUGUCUGGACUAUAUGACAGACGUACCUCCUGAGCUACAGAAGAGAACAAGAUUCGAGCGGAACAUUCCCCUCUCGAUACCCAACGCCGAGGGUCGACUUGAAAUACUAAAUUCAUUUGAAAUACCCAUUCAGCCAGAGGUUAAAGACGUGAUGCUGGCUAAGCUAUCACAACAAACACACGCUUUCAACGCAAGUGAUCUAGACAGACUCAUCGAAAACGCAAUGAUCAUCUCAGCAGAACGCCUUGAUCCAGACGAAGCCGGCUACGACGAGGAGGCAAUGGGACCGGCGUACCUCUCACGGGAGGACCUGGAGCAGGCCCUCCGCUCCACUAGGCCGACAGCUAUGCACGACGUGAAUCUCAAACCGCCCACGAUCCACUGGCAGGAUGUCGGCGGCCAGGAGAGCCUCAAGCACGCCCUGCGCAACAUGAUCACCCUCACGACGACAAACGACCCGACGGUCCAGAAGCUCAUCCUCACCCCGCCCAAGGGCCUGCUUCUCUACGGCCCCCCCGGCUGCUCGAAGACGCUGUCGGCGCAGGCCAUGGCCACCGAGUCCGGCUUCAACUUCUUCGCCGUCAAGGGCGCUGAGCUGCUCAACAUGUACGUGGGCGAGUCGGAGCGCGCGGUCCGCCAACUCUUUGAGCGCGCGCGCGCCGCGAGCCCGAGCAUCAUCUUCUUUGACGAGAUCGACUCCAUCGGCGGCCAGCGCGCCGGGGGUAAUGGUGGUGGCGCCGCCAAGAGCCAGGGCUCUGUCAAUAUGCUCACGACGCUGCUGACCGAGAUGGAUGGCUUCGAGGCGCUCUCGGGCGUGCUCAUCCUCGCCGCGACGAACCGGCCCGAGGCCAUGGACCCGGCGCUCCUUCGCCCUGGCCGCUUCGACCGGAUUGUGUACGUGGGCCCGCCGGACGCCCCGGGGCGGGAGGCCGUGUUUAAGUUGUACCUGCGCAAGCUCCCGCUCGCGGCGGACGUGGACGUGGCGGAGCUGUCAAGGCUGGCCGAAGGCUUCUCGGGCGCCGAGAUUAAGCAGAUUGUCAACGUGGCGACGGAACCAGCGUUGAGCAAGACGCUUAGCAGGACGCAUAUUGGCGGCACGGAGGAGGGUGGCGGCGGCGCCAGGCUGGACGGGGCGGCGGAGCAGGUGCAGGUUUGCAUGGAGGACAUUGUGGACGCCAUCAAGUCUGUUCCCAAGGGCAUCACGCAUCAGAUGCUGGAGGGCUACGAGAGGUGGUCGAAACAGUUUAUGAAGCACCAGAACCAGAAAUAG